AAAGAUCCAACUUGAACAUGGAUAUCGACAGAAAUAGAGAUCCCAAACAUGCUACAUUCAGACAUGGACCUGAUCACUUCAGCUAUUGAGCCGAUCAAGUUCAUCGCAGAGACGGUGUACGAGCUCUUCAUGAAGGAGAAGAGCAAUAAAGAGCAGUGCCAGCGGCUGGCCAAGUGCGUGCGUGCCCUCGUGGCGACGCUGGACGCGUUGCGGUGUCAGCAGGACCUGAGUGCCCACAGCACGGUGCUGCAGCAGCGGCUGGGUGAGCUGAGGGUCACGCUAGAGGCGGCCGAGGCGCUCAUGCUCAAGCGCGAGGGCACCAGCCAGAUUAAGAAGCUGCUGAAGGCCAACAAGACCAGCGACAAGCUGGACGAUCUCUUCCAGCAGCUCCACGACGAGCACAAACAGCUGGCCUUGCUGCUGCAGGUGGAGAAUCGUGAGACUGCUGGUGCCACCCUCAGGAAGGUGGACAUAGUGCAGGACACGAUGGACGGCACGGCUGCCAAGGUGACCGCUGUGCACGAGCAGGUCGACUCCACCCUGCAGAAGGUCCACAAUGUGGACGCGAAGAUGGACGACUCGCAGAAGCAAAUGGGUGCAUUGCACGACAAGGUGGCCAAGUCCCAGGAGACCAUGGACUCUCUACACGAGAAGGUGGAGAAGCUCAUCAAAGUAGCGUCCCUUGAUGCCUCCAGCGGAGGUCCGACCAAUCCAAACCCAGGAGCCCCCAGCGGAGUUCCGACCAAUCCAAACCCAGGACCUGCAGCGAGGCCUGCUGACCCUCCACUCCCUGAGGACGCAGCGGCGGCGCUGGGUGCGGUCCGCAGCAGGUUCGUGGAGAAGGCGAGUCUGCCCCUGCUGAAGCAGCUGCUGGACGAGCUCCAGACAGCGCGCGUGCUGAACUCCGAGGAGGCGGAGUCUGUGCUGGAGGAGCAGUCGGCCCGAGCUGACCGCGCCCGCUGCCUCAUCGACACCGUGCGCAAGAAGGGCCGCCGCGCCAGCGAGACCAUGAUCACACACCUGAGGGACAAGGACCCUGAACUGGCCCAGACCCUGGGGCUUGCCUGAGGGGGGGGGGGAGAGAUAAGAAGGCUUUGGACGAGUCUUCACUGAACACGACCUACUGUGCACUGGACCUAAUGACCAUGUUUCUGUGUCGCCAUCACCUUUUGGAGGGAAUCACCACCAGCAUGCAAACUCUGUCGACAGGCCCAAAAGACAGUGGGCAGAGACCAAAGUCACUCCAUGACUGAGGCGGACAUCCAGGGUCCAGAAAGUAAAAGUCCUGCUAUAUAUUCUUUCUACCUGUGCACUUAACACAGGUUAUAUCAUUUAUUAUCUGAUCUACCUGGCUGCUAAUUAGGAUGAGCUGGUUUACUAAAUGGUUGGAUCAAAUACUUGACAGGUCUCCCUCCACCACUCCUCCUCUUCUCUCAUAUUCUCCUCAUCCUCUCCUCCUCCUCCUCUCCUCCUCAUACUAGCACUUACCAUGUAGGCACUCCUAUUCUGUACCCUUAACUGUAGCUGAAAUGUGAUUCUAUUGCUGUAAAUUACUUUGAAUAAAAGUGUCUGCCAAAUGAA